AUGAUAAAUUGGGGAUUCUUAACUUUGAUUGAUCCCGAAAUAGUUUGCGGCACGACGAGUCAUAUCAGCUUGAAGAAGGCGAGUGAUUCUGUCUCACUUGACCCGAAGAAGAAGAGAUUGCAGCUCCCGGCAAAGAACAGCAGGUCCCGAAGAAAUGCACAGGAAAGGAGCUACGUGGAAGUCAUUUUGUUCCAUGGCUUUGAUUGGUACCAGGAGUUUGGACCCUCCGAACAAGAUCUUCUGGAUAAAGAUAUUGAGAUUGUGCACUUUGCCGACUUCUAUUACGCCGGCUUGACAAACAUCAACCUCCAUCUCUCCCUCGUAGAUGUUCACACCUUCACAUCUGAACAAUCGGACCCAACAUAUGCCAAUGGAACCACAAACGGUGUGCUGGACUUGUUCCUAAAUUACCACUGGGAAAACCUGCAGAAUUUUCCCAACCACGACAACGCCAUUCUUCUUAUAGUGAGGAACUUCACAGAGAAUGCGGGCACUGUCGGGCUGGCUUACAUUGGCGUACAAUGCGAUAUGUGGGGGUCAGGAAGCUGGGUAAAAGACUAUGACCGGAACAAUGCCAUGACAGCUGGUACUCUGGCUCACGAACUGGGCCAUAACUUUGGAUUGGACCACAACCCCACCAAUGAGAGUGACCCCUGCUUUUGCUCCGAAGAAGGCUUAUGCGUCAUGAGCGCAUACACAUCCGAUUCGCCACCCCAAUUAUUCUCAAACUGUCAACAGGCGUCCCUGGAAAACUUCAUGGAGCACGGCAAUUCGAUGUGUCUACACAAUGAGCCAUCGAAGCAGAUAGAAGAAGGUUAUUGCGGGGACUACAUUGUGAAUCGGAUGGAUGGCGAGGAGUGUGAUUGUGGAGCUGUGGACACCUGUGAUGACCGCUGCUGUCAUCCCAACAACUGUACCCUUGUCACAGGCGCUUCCUGUUCUGCGAUGGAUUUGUGCUGCGACCCCGACACAUGUCAAGUACGCAAUUCUAGUUUCGUCUGUCGGGCAGAAGGCAACGACUGCGACAUAGCCGAACAGUGUAACGGAACUAGUGCCGAGUGUCCGAGAGACGAAUACAAAAGAGCGGGUGUGGAAUGCACUGCAGACGGGGCAGACGGACACUGCUACGCCGGAAGCUGUCGAUCUGCUUAUUCGCAAUGUCUUCAAAUAUACGAGCCCAAUGGUCUGCGAAAGGACUCUGCUGAUACGGAAUGCUGGGGCUAUAACAGACACGGGGAUGAAUGGGGAAACUGCGGGUCCAAUUUCUACGAAGUUUACACUCCCUGUUCAAGGGCCAACCAAAAGUGCGGAAAACUACAAUGCACAUUUAACUGGGGAGUCCAACCGAUAUAUAAGAGAUGGGUAUCUGAAUUCACCAUCAAUUUAACAACGUCGAUCACAUGCUACUCGAUCGAGGUUCUAUUCCAUUCGAUAGAUGUUGCAGAUGAUCUGGCCUAUGUCAGAAAUGGUAUUUGGUGUGGUAAAAAUAGUUUCUGCCACAACAAAAGAUGCAUGCACGUUUCCGAGAUACCAGGACUUACUACAUGCCCCUAUAACUGCUAUGGAAAUGGAAACUGCAAUUCGGAGACUAAUGAGUGCGAAUGCGACGAAGGAAACGAAAAUGAGAACUGUAUAAGUACCUCCCCCAGAAACCACGCACCGGCUGCCGCUUCCCUUGCUCUUGUCACUUUCCUUUACUUCAGCAUUUGAUCUACAUAACGACUAAAUAAGUACUACUUGUACAACCUUCUAUCAAGUACACCAUAGUAGAACAUUAACCAAAAAUUACAAAAAAAUCUUCACCUAACAAACUGAUUGAUGUAUAU